UUCAGUCCCGAUUCUCCCGAUUUUUACUGCUCCGCUCCCCCUCUUCCCCCUUCGGUCUGCCCAAAUCGGGAGCGCUCCCCUCGCCCUCGCUAGGGUUUCGCCCCUCGAUCCCCGCGGCUCCGGCCGGCGCCGCCCAUUCCUUCUCCACCGCCGCACCGCGUGCCGAUUGCAUUCUCCUCCUCGCGGUGAGGCUGCCACCGCGAGGGAGCGAGCGCGGGGGGAGAUCGGCCGCUCCCUCCUUCCCCGCCGGCCCGAACUCGAUCUCUUCCCCGGACCGGCGCUUGGGCGCGCGGGCAGGGGGAGGCCAGCGCUGUGGUCGCCGCCCUGCGCAGCAUCGGCAGUAGUAGGAUGACCACACUGUUUGCACAGGGCUGAAUCUUUGGAACAAGAAAACUUCUAAGUGAAGCUGCACACAGAGAACCUUUAGAGUUGUCUGCUGUUAUUGCUUCCAUGGCAACAAAUGAGAACCUCCCACCAAAUGUCAUCAGGCAAUUGGCUAAAGAACUGAAGAAUCUUGAUGAAUCACCUCCGGAAGGGAUUAAAGUUAUUGUUAAUGAUGAUGACUUCAGCACCAUUUUUGCUGAUAUUGAGGGCCCUGCUGGUACUCCAUAUGAGAAUGGAGUAUUCCGGAUGAAGCUAUUGUUGUCCCGUGACUUCCCUCACUCUCCCCCGAAAGGAUUCUUCUCGACAAAAAUAUUCCAUCCAAACAUAGCAACUAGUGGCGAGAUAUGUGUGAACACGUUGAAAAAGGACUGGAACCCUAGUCUUGGAUUGAGACAUGUUCUGCUGGUAGUGAGAUGCCUUCUGAUCGAACCAUUCCCCGAAUCUGCCCUUAAUGAACAAGCUGGAAAAAUGUUGCUUGAAAACUACGAGGAGUAUGCACGCCUCGCAAGGCUAUACACCGGCAUUCAUGCACAUAAACAUAAGAACAAGUCCAAGAGCGGAGCCAUUUGUGAGUCAACCACAGCUCUAAACGUUGGCCAGAGCAACAACACCGUUCCGAGCAAGAACAUACCAUCGGCGCCAGCACUAGUAUCUGCAUCCACCUCGACCAAAGUUCUCGGCAUACAGGAUCAGAACGCUGCUCCUUCUGAUCCUUCUGUAGGACCAUCAACGGCACACAAGAAGGACGGGCCGCUUGCCGUCAAAAUCCCAGCCGAGAAGAAGAAGGUGGAUGCCAGGAAGAAGAGCCUGAAGAGGCUGUGACAGCUCACCCUGCCCGAUAGCGUCGAAGCGGGGCUGUUGUAGUAGCUAGGAGACUCAAUCCCCUUGAUAAGCGCCGCCGGAUUCAGCAGAUGCACAGCAGAACCGAAUGAAUAAAAUAAACCCAAGAGACAUCUGAUGAAUCUGGUGGUUGAUUGGCAGAAGUAUGCCUGUAGCCAGGCAUUAGUGAGAUGUAUGUGAGUUGGUGUCCUGUUGGAAUAAACUGUACUGAUUUGCAACGACGAGAUAUCUGGAGGAACAAACGGUCGCCUUUUCCGCUGAUUCUGCA